AUGUCAGAUACUCGCCCUGCGUCUAUCCCUGACCUCUCGCCUCAUGCUCAACAGAUCAUGCAGCAAUUCUUCAAGUGCCAUAAUUUAAUCAGCUGCACCUUUUGCGCUGAAUUUGGCACACUUGGAUAUAUUGCCAACAACACAACCACACCUGCACUCCCUGUGUUUCAAUGCACAAAGUGUCACGAAAAGCCUUCUUUUCCAGUAGUCGAAAAGGAGAUUCAACAGGCCAUUGAUGCCUCUACACGUGGUGCCACAACCACCAUUACCAAAACCACCAGCGCAACUCGACAGCCCAAAAAGCGAAGCAGAGUCGCAAGUGAUGCCAGCAAUGGCUCACAAAAAGGUACACCUAUUGCCACUCCAGUAAAGAGUGGUCAACUCAUCAACAACAACAGCAACAACAACAACACCACUCACAGUGCAAUUCACGACAAGGAAAUUGCACUUUUAAAAGAUAUGCUCUUGUCUCUCCAAGAUAAACUCUCUGAAUUUGAAAGAGAAAACAAGAUGAUAAAGAGCCAAUUGCAAACAUAUGCAACAAAAAACGCCGAGCUUGAACAACAACUGUUAAAGCAGCAAAAACAGCAAGCAAUUAUUGAAUUGCAACAACAACAACAACAACAACAACAACAGCAACAAACAGACCAAGAUGAUCUUGUUAUGGUAGAUGAUGCUGAAUAUCCUCCCCUUGGUGCUGCCCAGUCCAAGUACGCACAUUCUUUUGAUGUCAAGAAGCGUCUUGCUGAGCGCUCGAAAAAUACUCAUAAAAAAACAAAAAAACACACAAAAACCUACUAA